CUCCUUCAUCUUUUAAGUGUUUUUUGUGUUACUAGGUGGGAAAAAUGUGGAAAGGUGUAUGCUUAGAUGAAUUUUGUCAACAGACUUUAGUUUUUCCAGAAUGUUUGGCCUAUGUUACUUGUCACUUUUGUGGUCAAACUCACCCUACCACAUCUUUACUUAUGCGUGCCCCAAUCGAUUUGAGCCUUGAAGAGAACCAACACCUUUUGAAAUGUUCUGUUGAUAAGUUUAAUCAUCCACCAAAGGGACCAGACCUGGUUAAAGUGAUGGGUCUUUCUCAUUAUCAUGAAAAAUUAAUAUCUCCCCUUUUAUCAACCUAUGGUAUGGAUAAACAUACUGGUAAAGCUGUUCUUCUCAGGUUAUUAACUGGCAGAGCUAACCUUGACUGCAGUGUGUUCUCUGAUCGGUCAUUUAUGAUAGAACCUCAUCAAGUUGACAUAUGUGGUUUUGGUAAAGAUAGGUCUGCAAAUGAAUAUCUUGCUGAAACUCUUAGCACACUUUUGCCAUUCAAUAAUAAUCAAAAUAACUUAGUUGCCCUUCAUGUUGAUGGAGAUGGUCAUUGCCUGGUACAUGCUAUUUCACGUGCAGUGAUGGGCAGGGAACUUUUCUGGCAUCCCCUCCGAGUGGGGCUCAAACAGCAUUUUAAUACUAAUCUUGAAAAAUACAAGUCUGUCUUAGGCAGUUGGAUCAGUAAUCAGGAAUGGGGAAAUAUUAUAGAAGAAUGUGAUCCCACGUAUUCUCCUCCUGAUGGAAGUAUGGUUGGACUUAGGAAUAUACAUGUUUUUGGCCUCGCUAAUUUACUCCGGCGACCGAUUAUUCUAAUUGAUUGUUUACAAGGAAUGAAAGCCUCUGCAGAUUAUGCGGCAAUUUUCCUACCUGGAUUAAACCCACCAAUGGCAUGUCGAGAUAAGUCAGGACGCCUGAAUACACCUUUACUAUUGGCUUGGUCGUCCUCAGCUAGAAACCAUUAUGUUCCUGUUGUGCCUAUUAAAAAUGAUAAUCAACUACCCAGGAUACACCGGAGCUUCUUGCCUGAAGUUUGGGGCUUUCCUCAAUCACUCACGGAUACUUACAUACAUUUUGAUGAACAAAAUUGUUUUACUUUAGGAGGUGAAGGUCGUCUUCCACAGCCUUAUAUAUUGAAAUUAACGAGUGCCAUGGAUGAGUUAUUCUGCUUAAAAAAUGGUGUAUCACCUCAGCUCAUUGCUGAUUUGUACCAGUUUGAGUUUCGAGGAAAGGCUCGAGCGGGCGAGACAGCUCCGUGGUACGAUAAACUUGAGGAAGUGAUCCCUGCUUGCGUAGCUGCUUUCCAAGAGGGCCGGGUCGUGCGUUGCCUCUAUUGUGCAGCUCUCAGCCUGCUUCCGAUUAGGGGGCAAUGGCUUAGAAAUGGCGGUGUUCUCUACCAGGCGGCAUCCAAAACGCAUGGUUUCCUCACUGAUGGAUUAGAGUAUGCUUUCAGAAAUAACCUCUACAUUUCUUCUUGUUUCAGUUUCAAGUAUAAUUCACAGUUGGAUUUAUUGGUUGUUCACAAAAUCGACUCAAAUUCAGUGUGCCCCUUCUGUCAAGAAUGCUCUUUGAGAAAAGUUAAAGAUGAUGGCUCUGUUAUUUAUGAAAAUGGAGAUCGAACUCUUAUUCCUGUUUCUGAUCCUUCGAAGACACGUUGUGGCUGUGGAGCUAAACAUUUCUGGGGAAAUAAGUAUUAUGACAAUCCUCCUAUACUUUUCACUCUGGAGUUAAACUGGAAUGGGAUUGACCUGAGAGAGAGGAUUGUAUGGUUUGAAGGUGAAUCUGACGAGAGCCUCAAUAGCAGCCUGUAUGAUACUGCGGCCAAUAUCAUAAGGAAUAAAUUUUCUACCUCAAGGUGUUCUAGUUCAACUAGUAACAGCCCUAAUAGCAAUUUAAUACUGGAUGAUUACGAAUUGAGCAAACUACAUGACCUCAUUAUAGGAGAACUAUUGGAAAGGACUAGUUCGGAGACCAAGCGAUUACCUGAGAAUAACAAAAGACAACACCCUGUAGAAGAUUACGAUGCUCCUCGUAAAAAACAUUCCCGGGAAGAUUUUUCACCUCAGCCUUCUACAAGUUCAACUUAAAAUUACUUUUCAACUUUCAUACUAAAAUUAAUUGGGUUACUUUUCGAUUCUGUUUCCAAUUAUUUGCUUCCUUAACAACACUCAGUGUUAUCAGAAACCGGAUCUCUUAAUUUGAAGUCAUUUAUUUUUAAGAGCUGAUAUCAGAACAUAUAUAUACAUUAGUUAAUGUUAUUUUUAAUAUUGAAGAGUGUCUAUUUUGGUUUAUUGUAUAAAUUUUAAGGAAAAGUAUAUAUAAAUUAAUAGACUAUUUUUUUUCUUUUCUUUAUUAUUUUUUUAUAUCUG